CGGAAACGGUAGUGCAAUAACGCCAAUCAAUGGUGUGCGUAGUUUUUUUUUAUAGAAUUAAGUCAAUCUACCUACUCAACACACAAAUGGUGUCUUUCCAACUACCUCUGAUUUCAUAAACAUAAUACUUACAAUCUACCGUCUUAUAAAACGAUAUGCUCAAGCAUUAGAAUUUACUGGAAUAUUAUCGAUUGAGCCACAGCAGGGAGCAGUCGUAGAAGCCAUGUCAUAGUCGCCAGGGGUGAAGGUACCAAGUGCUCGUUCUCCUAUCCUUCAGUAGUUCCUGCGCCAGCCAGCAAGAUGAAUUUCGACGAAAGUUCCAGUGGGUAUGUUACCAAUGAAACCAUCUAUGGAACCCAUGAAGACUCACAUGUCGUGAUGUCAGAAAAAGUUCAGUCUCUGGCUGGCAGCAUUUACCAGGAAUUCGAGAGAAUGAUCGCUAGAUACGACGAAGAUGUAGUAAAGACUCUAAUGCCGUUGCUGGUCAACGUACUCGAAUGCUUGGACUCGGCCUAUCAGACAAACCAGAUGCACGAAGUUGAAUUGGAACUACUGAGGGAGGACAAUGAACAGCUUGUCACCCAAUACGAGCGCGAAAAGUCAGCACGCAAACUUUCGGAACAAAAGCUACUUGAAGCUGAGGAUCACCACGAAGGGGAAAGAAAAGACCUGCAAGGCCGGAUGGAAGCACUCGACAGCAUUGUGAGAAUGCUGGAGCUGAAACAUAAGAACUCUUUGGACCAUGCAAGCAGGUUGGAAGAGCGAGAAAAUGAACUCAAGAAGGAAUAUGCAAAACUUCAUGACCGCUACACUGAUCUGUUCAAAACACAUAUGGACUACAUGGAGCGCACCAAACUUCUUCUCAGCACAGCUAGUGAGCGGAAUGAGGUCCGUGGAAGGCUGGGCCUCAAUCCUGUUGGUAGAUCAAGUGGACCCAUAUCGUUCGGUUUCGCAUCCCUGGAGGGCUCCGUGAAUGUUGUGGAGCAAUCGGAGAGUAUGCCCGGGAGCCCUGUGAGUUUGUCUUCGUCGCCUCCGACGCCGCCACUGGGGUCCGAACUGGCAGCGGUGCGCACAGUGGAGAGGGCCCACCAGACUGACCCCAUCACCCAACAGAGUCAGGCAACCUCUCCUGUCACACCGCAAAAUGCGAACGCGGGCAAAUCGCAAACUAAAAGUGAAAAACGCAGUGCCAACACUUUGUACCAGGAGCUGGCCUUCCAUGACACCGAGAACAUUACCGAAGGCGACGAUGGAGCUGACAUCACAGGGAGUUGGGUGCAUCCCGGCGAAUAUGCUUCCUCCGGCAUGGGAAAAGAGGUCGAAAAUCUCAUUCUGGAGAACAACGAGCUGCUCGCAACCAAGAACGCGUUAAAUGUAGUCAAAGACGAUCUUAUAGUUAAAGUGGAUGAAUUGACCGCUGAGCAAGAAAUAUUGAGAGAAGAGGUGGCAAGUUUGAGCGCGGCCCGAGAAAAACUAAGGGAGAGAGUGUCACAGCUGGAGGAAGAGUUAAGACAUUUGAAGGAAACAGUGAGCAACAACGCAGGCGGCGGUGAAAAUGAGGAUGAAGCUGACGUGCCCAUGGCUCAGCGUAGAAGGUUCACGCGGGUCGAGAUGGCUCGUGUGUUGAUGGAGAGAAACCAAUAUAAGGAACGUCUGAUAGAGCUACAAGAUGCCGUCCGCUGGACUGAAAUGGUGCGAGCCAGUAGAGUCGACUCUACCAUGGACAAAAAGAACAAGCAGAGUAUUUGGAAGUUUUUUAGCAACCUUUUCAGUACGGGCGAGCGGCCCCAGCGGCCCUUGUCUACACCACACCUCCGCGCGGUGGCGGCGCCCCAACCUGCCAUGCGCCACUCCAGAACCCAAGCGGACUUCAUCGAGACGCAGCUCUCUGACCACCAUCAUCGAAGGCACGAGAGGACCGAGCAAUUUCGACAGGUGCGAGCGCAUGUGAAGAAAGAAGAUGGACGUCUCCAGGCUUACGGGUGGAGUCUACCAGUCAAGGGUCAGAAACCCAGCCCUUGCACGUCCCUUUCGACCUGCGGAGUGCCGGUUCCAGUGCCUGUGUUCUGCAGGCCGCUUGCGGAAAUGGAACCCCGCAUGACACUUCUUUGUGCGGCGGGUGUGAAUCUCACCGGAGGCUGUACCCCCGACGGGGGCUGCAUGGUGGGAGAGAGCGUCUUCUACGAUGACAAACCAGAAAACACCAUGACUUUGGCGUAUGAGAUGAGCAGGGCGACCGUCCACUCACCGGAGAUUGAAGAAAUUAAUGAGCAACUGCAGUCUACACAAAGUGUCCAACGUACUGAAAAGAAUCUUUCAUCAUUAGUAUGGAUUUGCUCGUGCACGCAGACCAGGGGCGUGGUCAUGAUAAUCGAUGCGAAUAACCCCGCUGUCGUGCUUGAGUCGUUCACCGUUAGCGACAAGCAUAUACUCUGUGUGGCGUCUGUCCCCGGGGCUAUGGCCGAAGACUACCGCGAGUUCGGUGAACGGAUGACCGGAAUCGACCGCAAUACCAAAAGGCCUGCUUCAUUGUUCUGCAUGGGCGAAUCAUUCGAGUCCCCGCGAGCCAACGGUAUGCAGGGCGCUGACACCGAACCGGAGGAGAGUAAGGAACCCGUCGUGGGCUCCACCAAAUUGGUAUACUCAACGCUGCUGACGCCUCCAAGUACGCCGGUGAAGGAGCGUUCGCCCCCGGCAGAGGGCGCUGAAACUGCUGACACCACGCUAAAAGUCGGCGACGAUGCGGACUCCAUGCCGCCUGGCAGUCCGCCGCUCAGUUCUACGCCUAACCAUACAAUGCACCGAGAUCGUCCUGCAUCGCCCGAGCCGGGUGUCGAUGCGUUCGCGCAAGAGCAAGAGUCGAAUGCUGAGAACAAUACGGAGAACCAAUCAGAAGCGACACAGGACCGCAAGAUGUCAACCGUGAUGGCAACCAUGUGGCUUGGCACCAAGAGCGGCAAUCUUUACGUGCACUCCGCUAUGGGAAAUUACAGCAAGUGCCUGGCGAGAUUGAAACUGAAUGAUGCCAUCCUGUCCAUCGUCGCUUGCGCGUCUCGCUGUCUGGUGGCCCUGGCUGACGGAACGGUGGCCAUCUUCGCUCGGCUGGCGGACGGGGAGUGGGAUUUCGGCCAGUACUGGCUUCUUACGCUAGGCGACUGCAAGUGUUCUGUGCGCUGCCUCUGUGCAGUGGGCAACACUGUAUGGUGCGGGUAUAGGAACAAGGUGCACGUGGUGGACCCGCGCUCGCGCACGUUACUGCACACGCUCGAGGCGCAUCCGCGGCAGGAGAGCCAGGUGCGGCAGAUGACGUGCGACGGAGACGGCGUCUGGGUAUCAAUAAAAAUGGAUUCCACACUUCGAUUGUACCACGCUCAUACGUACCAACACUUGAAAGACGUGGACAUAGAGCCAUACGUCAGUAAGAUGCUGGGCACGGGAAAGCUGGGCUUCUCUCUGGUUCGCAUCACGGCACUGCUGAUCAGCUCCGGAAGGCUUUGGAUCGGGACGAGCAACGGUGUGGUCAUAUCCGUCCCACUGAGCGAGGGGACGGGGAAAGAAACGGUACCGAGCGUCCCGAGACCCACUACCAGUGGCAACACAUCCGUAGUUCACGUCCGGUCCGCGAGUCCAACUGGGUCGAUCCCGUGGUGCUCAAUGGCACACGCGCAACUCAGUUUCCACGGCCACCGGGACGCUGUCACCUUCUUCGUCGCUGUCCCAGGGGCCCCCGAAGCCCAUCCGCCCCCGCCGUCCCCACAGGCCACCUCGCCAGACUCGCCCAAACUGCGGUUACUUAACCCCAUGCUGGUCAUAUCGGGCGGGGAAGGUUAUAUCGACUUCAGAAUAGCCGACUCCGAGAUGGAGGACAGCGUGGUGAUAGCGGAGGACGGGUCAUCCAGCGGGCACAGUUCGUUGGCGGAGCGCGCUUCCAAGAGCCACCUGAUAGUGUGGCAAGUGGCCACCGCCUAACGCAAGGCCAGCCGGGCCCGCCUCUCUUCCGAGUCGGACUUCGUCUACGUGUGCACGUCGACUAAGCCCGCUGUGCCGGUACACGCGUGAGCUCUCCCCCAGUAAAUAGGACGCCGCUUGGAAAUGUAUCGGCUGUGUUCACCAGGUCUAGUUCGGUCACAGUCAACAGCGUGGCUCUUCUAUCAACAACCGUCUUUUACUUUCAUAUCAAAUUUACGCUCCCAUAAAGUGCAUAUCAGAAUUAUAUUUUAAUAAAUAUACGCAAAAACAAUUCAAACCUCGCAAUUCAAUAUAAGAUUUUUCUUGUAUGAACUGCAAUAAGUAUUAUUUUGCGUAAAUAACAUUAAAUAUUUUGAAUGAUAAUAAUUGUCUUAUACAUUCCCAAGCGGUCGACAAAACAGGAUAAUGCGGAGAAAUGGUUGUAGUGGUCUAAAUUACAUGAAAAGUUCAAGUUUGGUUGCAUUUGGCAAAUGGAAUUGAUUUCGGUUAAGAGUUGGUCCUUCGUAAUCCAUUACCUGUUCACCUCAUUAUGCACACUGUAUCGUUCUAGCAGGUGUGUUUCACGUCACGCUCACGUCACGUACGGACUUCGGAUGGCAGUGCUCGGCACUCAAAGACUCAUUUAACUCGCCUAUACAUUAUAUCACGAGUGUAAUCGUUGUGCUCCUUUUUGUGUAAUAUUUUUGUUGCUGCAAUUCGUCUACUCUAACACGUUUAUCACUUAGUUUUGGGAAUUGUUUUUUUUUAUAUUGUUGAAAAAAGAUAAAUUUUGUGCCUUUACAUUCGGUAACCCCUAUGAAAUUCGCACUGCACCAAUAGAUGAUUUCAGGUAGCUGCUGUACAAAUCUGUUUCGUCGUUCCAUAGGACAGCAGCGCUGAACGCUCGCUGUCCGUGGCACUAUAUUGCGCUGACGCAGGGGCACUGUAAAGCACUUUCACAUUAGGCUAUUGCUAAAUGUGAAAGUGCUUUUAUUUACUGCAUAGUAUUUAGACUUCCCAAAACUAAAGGUAAAAUCCGUGUCAACGUCAUUCGUUUUCUUCAACUAGAGUCUUAGAUUCGUUUAAGUAAUGGUUAGAGUAAGCUCAGCUCCUUAUAUUGCUCACACAAGCGUCAGCGACUGACUCAGUGUUCUAGUAUCUUGUGUUUCGGCUUAAUCUCAUCUUAAUUAAUAAUGUACAAGAUGUAACCACCAAAUAAUAAAUUCAUUUUAGUAGUUGUAAUGUAACAAGAUUUUUAUAUAUUAUAUUAUAAGAGUGUAUCGACUAAGAGCCCACGAAUGAUUUUGGCAAAGGUAAUUGGCAUAAUUUUAAGUGGGUAGUAUCUUCGUGUAGUGUUCGCCUUAUCAUCGACGGCGAUCACGGUUAGAAUGCAUUAAGUAGCAGACUCUUUGAACAAAUCAUUCGUGAGCUUUCAUUCUAGUAGUUAUAAACAUUUCAUGCGGCUUGACCGCUAUCCAUACGGGCUGUGGUUGUAUCACCGGCAUCACAAUUUUAAUUAUACAACAAUUUACAUUUAAGGUCGUUAUCUUUCCACUUUAACGAGUAUUGUAGCAAUUUAAUCGCUAUUUUCGGUUUACCAGGGCGGACCACGCCACUAUUUAUUUCAUGAAAUGCGAAUCUCCUACAAAUUUUUCAAUCAUUUCAUCCAGAACUAUUCUAAGAAAUUUAUUAUUUUUACACAGCUGUGUAAUCCUUUUUAAAGAAAUUUCAGAAAUGAGCGAUUAACUUUCAUAACUUUAUCGUGCUAGUUAUUACUCGUUGUACUGGGAUUAAAAAUAAAGCUACUUAACUGAGUUUAUUGAAUUCUCGGGGUUAUACCCUGAGAUUAUUGGUUUUAUACACAAUUCUUGACUAUCCCUGCAGAUCGAAUUCUAACGAUCCUGCUUGUCAGACAAAAUAUUAACAUUACUUAACUUGCUAAAAAAAAGCCGUCGUGGCAUCAAUCGGUUUAUUUAUUUUAUCCAGUCUGCAUGCAAUGUACACAUUUUUGAAAAACAUCAGGGUCCACUUGUGCCUCGUUUUUAUUUGGGGAUUGACAAAAUCUUGAUGACAAUAACGUUUUUGAAUUUAAAACUGACGAAAUCAUGUUUUGAUCAAGAGCUAGAUUGACGGUAGAUUUAACAAUAUGGCGCAAGUGGUCCUAAAUUGUUUUGUGAUAUUAGACUAAGAGAUGGUGAAUAAUUUCGUUGAAGUGUUUUGGGCUAAAUAUAAUAUAGAUCAUAUAAUGAUCAAGCUUAAAGUGAUUAUUGUGUGGUGCUCUUACACGGGAAGUAUUUCUUCCAAUAACAAAAAUAACUGGACAACUUCUAUGAAUCUAUGCAACUAUAGGUUUUAAAUCUUACUAAAUUGCUCUAUAUCGUUCCUUAAUAUUGCUGUGACGUCAUAGUAUUUCUUUAUUAUUGCCCAUAUAAUUAGCACCUCUAGACCAGGUGUUACUUUGCCUUGUUUCUGAAAUGUAAACAACAUGGGAUCCUAUAACAGUGCAACAAGGUUUAACACCAUCAAAACACUUAGCACAAAUUGUUCACUAUCUAUCGUUCUAUUGUGCAAUCAACAUUAUUCUGUAGGCAGAUUUUAAAUUAAAUUCAGUGACAUAUUGUAUGAUAAUAUUAUAUUAGAAUCCAUGAAUAUUACAAUUUGACAGAUACUUUUAUUCCAAUAUAAUGAUGGUUAAGUUAUUAUGGUCCAUGGUGCACUGCUUGUAUUUUACAGUGCUCAUGGAAUAUUGAAAUCUAUUUAAAUAUCUUUCUUUGUUAAUUUAUUAUAGAAUGACUAAAGUUUGUUUCUCGUUAGGUUUCGGAUAAAGUUGACAGACAGAUCUGGGAAAACUUACUAAUGUAGAGUGAAGUUGCUUAAAUUGGACCGCGUCUAAAUCGGAUCUCCUUAAUUUCUACUUAACUACCAUUUAAAAAAAAUGGCCACAUUAUCUUACAGGAGCGCAGCUAUGACAGCUUUUUUUUUAAAGUUGGUUUCAGUAGUUAUUUAUUUUAUUUAUUUUGUUUCCUAAGUUGAAUACAUAACAAAAUAUAUAAACUUUGAGGUUCUAUAAUUUUUCAAAAAUUAAUAUUAUUUGAGCUAAUAAGGGGAUAAAUAUUGUCAACUUUACCCUAUAAAGUAACUGACUGCAAUCCUUGUUAUAAUCGAAAAACAUCUAGAAUAUCUCCACUUUACAUAAUGUGAUCAUAUUAUACCGAAAACCAAAAUUUUCGUGGUACUCUGGUAAUUUGCUUGUCAACUUUAUACCGCACCUAAAGAAAAACAUACUGUAGACGACGUCGCCAAGACGCAUCGAUGUAAAUGAUUUAUAAUUUAUUAUAAUAAGGAUACCAUUCGCAAAGACUUAUAAUUUCCUGUAGAAAGAUUCGUAGUUGAUAUCUAUUUAUCCAUGGCAUGUUAAUGUAAUAACGGAUUCGUAAGUAACUAUGCGUGACGUCAUGAUGAGAAAUUACACCUUUGCAAUCAAAAUCAAAUCAAAAAUAUUUUAUUCAAUUUAGACCACUGGUGGCACAUAAGAUUAAUAAACCAAAACCCAACCAUGUACUCAACGCAAUGUAGUUUAUUUUGAGACUCGUAGCGUGAGGGUAGCGUUGAGAAAAUACACGUUAACCCUUAAAAAUAUGUGUGUAUUGAAGUGAGGCAUCAAUAUGCCUCACUUCCCAAGGUAACCCAAUGGUUACCCUUUAAUUUACGUUUCACCUUGGUAACCCAAUGGUUACCCUUUAAUUUACGUUUUUAAUUUUCUUUCGAUCUCGUCCAAAUUUUCUUUCAUUAAAAUGCAAGAAACCGUUACAAAUACAAGCGAAAGAAAAUCGUUAUUUUCCUCGUUUCUCGAGGUUCUAGAAGCACGAAAGAACGGACACGCACCAGCCUCAAAUGGAUGCUCGCCAAAAUGGAGGCGGAUCUGAGCACGCGCUGUUGACGCCACCUACAGCACCGAGGUGGUCAUCGACAAUCUCCACAACAUGAUCGCCGAACAACGGCGGUGCGUGCGCGAGGUGUCUUCCUCCAGCGUAUUCACGUCGAUGUGCUAGGCCAGUGGCUCGCCACUCGCCGCUUGAGCGCCACCUGCAGCACGCCUAUCGCCCGCGGCUAACGGCGUCGGCGGCUGCCACCGAACAUAUAAAAAUUUAGUUACCCACUUAACAACUUCAUACGUGUAAAUCAGCCUUUAUAUUAUUCUAUUUGAACUGACAUUUGCGCUGUUAUUUAAUCAAAUAUUUUCUCAUUAAUUUCUUGUGCUAACUUUUGGUCUAGUUUCCACGGAUCAAAAUAGCAACCCGUGAUCGUGGAUUAGGAUCGCAUUUUGAACUUCUUUGCGUUGAAUGAUCUGCUGUAAUUAAGAUGUGUGAUGUCACUCAUAGAUUACUAAUAUUUAUGUUUAAGUAGAAAUAGUCGGGAGGGAUAACGUAUAUAGUUUAUUUAUUAUUUAUAGUGCUUGCAAUAUUUUACCAGGCGGCAGGACUGCCUGUUUGCAUAAUAUUUAUUGAAAUUUCUUCAUAAUAUAUUCAUGGAAGAAACAAACUGCUUCUUAGUUUUAUAAAUUAUCCCUCUUGGCCAGAAUACGAGUGUCAUAAUAAUAUUGUUUAUCGUACUUGUUAAAGUGUAAAUAAAUAAUGUAAUAUCAGCCUAUUUUUUAGAUUUUCACGUUAUUUUCGCAUGGUCUAAGAUGCACUAGCAGCUAUAAUCUCCCAGUUGGCGGUCAAAUAAGAUUGUUUCCUCUUGCUUCCAAAAGUACAAAGGAAAGAAUAGUACCUGCUGCAAUCACGUUAAUGAAUUAAUCGCUAUCGGUAGUGUAAUAUAGUAUAAAUAGAUAUUAGUGCUAAGUAAAUUAUACAUAACCGGCGGAGGCUGUUAUUGGAUCUUAGGCCACUUUUCUUUUAAUGUGUUAACUUUCUUUUAAAGUGUUUUGUGUUUUAGUUGUAAAAUAAUCAUUAUUUAUUUAAUUUUAAUUAUUGAAAACCUAAGAAAUAGGCAAUUUUAUUGGUCAGUUUAUUAAUCUCUUAUCAAAUAACUAAUGGUGCAAACAUAAUUUAAGUGGACAUUUAUUUAAUUUUAGUGUUCAUCAUGUUUUUUUUUAUCUAAUUGUGUAUUUAUAUAUUAUAUGAGGGAACGACGUAGUGUAUCUAUAUUUCAUAAUCGCUAAGUUUUAUCGAGUUUGUUGUGACUUAAUUACUGUCCUCAUGUAUUAUAGAGGAGUGUGCAAUGAACAUUUAAGUUUUGAGUUGACCCAUGUUUAUUAGGUGUUAGCGAAAAGCCUCGAGGCGACGUUGGUUGUGAGGCGCACUUAUAUAGCCAUUUGUAUCGUGCUUGCAACAGAAUGUAUAGUCGGCUUCAUGACCAGCGUCGCCUGCAUAUCCUAGUCAGAAUAAAACGACGUAGCGAUGUAAAGUUAGCUAGGUUAUGCUCUUUUGCUAAAUAGAUAUAAUGCAAGAUAUGUCUAAAGAUCGCCUUCUCACUGAGCUGCAUUAGGCCUUGCUGCGUGUGUGAGAUAUUUACAGUCCGCCUAGAAAAAAUACCAUUCGUGACAGUUUUCAUCUUGAAAUCGCUUCCAUGAGCGAAAUAGCUACAUGAAAAAACGCCAGAGCGAAGCGAUUUCAGAAUUGCAACUGUCACGUAUUGUAACUUGUCUAUGGGGGCAGGGCGAUUCUAAGAGUGGUUUGGAAGCCAAUACGUAAAGCAAAUUCCAUCGCUCAAAACAAGUCUAUGCCUUAAACAAUUAUGACAGGGACGUUCUGGACUUAAAGCCAUUUUUAUGAUUGCCCUAGUACUUAUAUUGUGUGAAUCGACAAUGUGUAAAAAUUACAAGUGCUUGAAAAUUAUAGUAUUCAA